AUGUCCACAUGUGUCUCUGAGCCCGUGUGCCUGCUGUGUUCUGCGGUCUGCGGCGAGGCACGGCCAGCCCAGUUCCACAAGCACAGAACAAGCUGUGCGAGCAGACACGAGCAGGUGAAGGUAGACUGCCAACCCCUCUGCACCACUCCUGGCUCCGAGGAGCAGAACCCGGCUGGUACUUGUCCUGGCUUGGACCAGAAUUCUGGUUCUGCAGCCUCCACCUUACCACCUGCUUCUGGCCCUUCUCAUCCUCAGAGAAAACCCAAGAUCACUGCUUCCCGCAAACUCUUGCUGAAGAGCCUGAUGCUGGCCAAGGCCAAGGAGUUCUGGGAGCAGGAGCACGAGGAGCGUGAGGCUGAGAAGGUGCGCUACCUGGCCGAGCGUAUCCCCACUCUGCAGACCCGCGGACUGUCCCUCAGCGCCCUGCAGGACCUGUGCCGGGAGCUGCACGCCAAGGUGGAGCUGGUGGACGAAGAGCGCUACGACAUCGAGGCCAAAUGCAUCCACAACACCAGGGAGAUUAAGGACCUGAAGCUGAAGGUGCUGGACCUCCGCGGGAAGUUCAAGCGCCCGCCCCUGCGUCGGGUCCGUGUCUCGGCUGACGCCAUGCUCAGGGCCCUGCUGGGCUCCAAGCACAAGGUGUCCAUGGAUCUGCGAGCCAACCUCAAGUCCGUGAAGAAGGAAGACACAGAGAAGGAGCGGCCCGUGGAGGUGGGCGACUGGAGGAAGAACGUGGAGGCCAUGUCUGGGAUGGAAGGCCGGAAGAAGAUGUUUGAUGCUGCCAAGUCUCCGACCUCACAGUAAAGGCCGGUUUGCUGUGCUGCACUCUGGGCUCCUGCUCCUUGCCCCCUUCCUUCCACUCUGCUCACCCACUUCUCUCCCCACGAGCCUCCCUCCCUGCCCCACCUCUCCCCUCUAGCCUGCAUGCCCUCUUCUGGAACUGGGAUUAAACAAACACACAGGACAGGAGAAACACAAGUGCUUGAAGACCUCACCCAAGCAGGGUGGGCUUCCAGCCACCCAGGGAGACACCCCGCGGCUUCCCGGCCACCCGUGGUACAGCAAGCUGAGAAGGAGGCUGUGAAGCACCUUUCCCAACCCAUGUAACCUCCCUUCACUGCUGUGAUGAUGUACAGUGUCCACAGGCAUCAUGGCCUCCCCAUUAAAAACCCAGUUUCCUGGUUA